AUGGCGAGCAGAGUGCUCAGCCUGUUCAAGGGGCGUCGGGGGAAUAAUGGCCCUGCAGCUGCCCCAGCACAGCAGCAGCGUGCAGAGCCAGAGCAGUUGCAGCCGCUGCAGGAUGAUGCAGCCAAGGACCGGACUCAGGAGCAGAAGCCCACCCGUGGCUGCUUUCGCAGAGCAGCGCAGGCACUGCGGAGGCUCCUGCGCCGCAGAAAGACCCGCGGCACCGCCACCGAAGGCACGGCCCAGCCCGACUCCGGGCCCGAGGAGCCGCGGGCAGAGGCCGCUGCCAGCACAGCGGCCUCAGAGCCGGCAGCGGCCUCUGAGCAGGCAACAGCUGAGGGCAGGGCGGAGGCCGACAUGGCCGUGGCCCUGACCGAGGGCAUGGCCACCUCAGACUCCCAGGCUCAGGGCAUGCCAGUGACUGAGACCAUGCCAACCCUGACCGGCACUCCAGAACCAGCUCUGGAGAUUUUCCAGGAUUCUGCUGCUUCUCCACAGCAGGUGCUGGCCACGGUCAGGGGCAUUCUUGAGAGGCUCGCGUCCAGUGCCACCGUGGACGCCGGGCUGAAAAUGGAGAUUCGGAGCCUGGCUGAGGAACACCCUGCCCAGGUGGCGAUGAGCCUCCUAUGCUGUGCCCCAACGUGUGACAGGUACGGGGCAAAAGUGCCUCGAGAGCUCGCUGCUCAACGGCCUAGCCUGCUGCCAUGCUCCCUGCCGGCCCCUCAGGGCCACACGGGGCAGGGUGCUGACGCACAGCUCUGGUCCCACAGAGCCGCCGCGCUGAUGUGGAGAGCCAUCGGCAAGUCGGAAGGGGCCGUGAAGGAGGUGCUUCCGGCGCUGCUCUCCGCCAUGGAGGAGGAGCCACCGUACGGCAGCUUCUACUGCCGCGGGGACAACGAGGCCGUCUUUGGCCUGGCUGCCCUGCCUCAUGGACGCCCUGGCACCGAGUGCUGCCUCAGGCUGCUUUGUCUCUUGCAGGCAAGCCUGGUGCUCUGGAAGAUUGCCCCCAUGUCCGAGUGGCAUUCUGCCAUUGUCCAUCACUCUCCCCAACUCUUCGUGGCUCUGCUCUUGCAAAUUGUCACCAGCACAGAGCAGAUGCCCGAGGACGCGGAGACCCGGAGCUUCUGGGGAGCGUGCCAGGAGGAGCACGACCUUCCCGGCAACCCCAGCAGGUUAGCAGCGCAGGCCAUGAAGGCUCUGCUCUCUAGACUGGGAUAUGCCUGGAAGCUGGCGGAUCUGGAGCACAAGCGGGUCUGGGAGAAGCUGCUCUGUGCCGACACCCAGCACUAUGCAGCGGGUCUGCUGGCCAGGGAGAUGCGGCGUGCCGCGAUGCCCUUUUGUCCCUUCUGUCCCUUCAUGGCCUCGCACCUGCUCGGCCUGCUCGUCGGGAAGCAGCCGCGCUGCCAUCUGCCUGCCCUGGCGUUCUUUGUGGAGCUCCUGCCGUGCCUGGACUUGAGCAAAGACGGUCCCAGCGCCCUGUUGGUGGUGUCCAGGCAGCUGCCCAGCGAGUGCAGGGACAGGCUGCGCCUGGUGCUCCGAGGCCUCGUGGUGCUCAGCAAGAAGCCCUCGCUGGUGAGAAGGGGGCAGCGGCUGAAGCCCCGCUGGCAGCGUGGGGCCGCGCAAGGCCGACCCCUGGGCUUGGCCGGCCUUUGGCAGCAGAGGCAGCUCUUCCCAGCUCUCCUGCCUCCCGCUUCAGCUGCCCCAGUGGCCCAAGCAGCUGUCGGUGCUGGGGCCAUUCACAGCUUCACAGCACAGCCUCGUCUUGCACACAGGGCAGAGCAAUACGCAGCCUGUAUCCACACCUGGUGGAGCAGCUGGCCGAUCCAGACGCAGAGAUGGUCGGCAUGA